AUGGUUCAUGAGACUACUGGCUCAGCUCUCGUUGCUACACAUGAACAGAUGUGCUCGGUCUGGAGGGACCGAUUCAUUUCUCAAUGGAAAGCAACACCACCUUUAGGCUUUUACUUCUCUUUUUCUGUGUAGGAUUCUCAGCCCCUGUGGACCAAAUAUUUGGAAGGAUGGAGAGGAGUUUCUUUGCAUUCUCUGACCAAGACUUGCUACAAAGAAAUGGCCGACGAUAUGAUGGCAGUGUGAAGCCAAAACUUAAUUUACAACAAAUAACAUUUGCACAGAUUGUGAAUUACAAUGGAAGCAGCAAAGAGAAUUCAGAGAGAGAGUCUGUCAUCCACACUCACUACAGCCCUCUCAACAUCACAGUCAAUGGAAGCCAUUGUAUUCUUUUUUGGGCCAGAAGGAUCAUGAUUAGGUUUCAGAAUCACACACAGCUGGACCUAACAGACAAGACAUUUGGUGUUCAUGCCACCGUGGAUGUUGCAGAUUCAAACUGCAGUGAAGAAAAUGCAAUGCUUUCACUUAAUUUUGGCGACAUUGACAAUUUGAAGGGAUUUGUCAUCAGAUUCAUGCUGACCAACAGUUAUUACAAGCUGUCAAUUCAAAACUGGUUUACCUUACAUAGAAUCCAACUCAUUUACAACCAAUCUGUACAAGCAACAUUCAAUGCGACACGAAUACAUGCACCAGCGAGCUACUCCUAUCACUGUGAACAUGUUAGCAACUUGCAGAGGUAUGAUGCGCUCCUGACGCCCAGCUCCACAAAUGAUGCAGCCAAGCUCUGGGAAGUCACUUUUAUUGACUUUCAGAUUCAAGGAUUCAACAUUGAAGACGGGCAGUUUGCUUAUGCCAAAGACUGUGCAUCUUUGUUCCCUCCAGCAAUUCUGAUGGGCCUGGUGAUGUCUCUGAUUUUGCUUCUAGUUCUGGCCUAUGCUCUCCACAUGCUGAUACACUUGAAAUCCCUUGACAGGCACUAUGAAUGCAAAGCUUCUCCUGCUUACUUCCCACAGAUGAAAGAUAUUGAUACGGUAGAUGAAAAAGAACCCCUGAGAAACAAUGGGAUUGAAGUAUAUGAACUUAGAAGUCAACAGUACUCAAAAAUCUAUAUUUAGCAGUUGUUUUUUUGUUUUCCAUGGUUAGGCAGCAUACUAUUCCUGAGGAACUUUCGCAUCAUGUGGGCUCAUGUUAGGAUUUUGAGCAUCUCAACUUUGAUUUAAAACAAGAUUUCUAGUCCUCAUGGUUGUAAAGAAAAAAAUGUGGAAGUGUUACAACAGUGUGUGUCCUAAUUUCUCAGAAAUUCAGAAGCAAAUCAAAAUAACACCAAUUUAUAUUGUGGUUCCAAUAGUGUAAGUAAACAGCAUGGUUUUAGAAGUGACAGUCUCAUGGUCAGGAACAUUUUAGACCUGUCAUAUUGAGUGUGUGGAAUCUAGAUGCCCAGAAAACUCAGCUAACAAAGUGGGAACUUAUGACACUUCAAAAACUGCCAAGACUUCCACUCCAAAUGAGAGGAAAACAUCCCAGCCAAAGUUGCAUAGCAAAAAUUGAAGCUUGAUCAAGCUUCUUCAGAAGCUAGAAAGUGAAGACUGCUCUUUUUUUCCCUUUUUCUUUUUGCCAUGACAUGGGAAGACUCUGAACUACAGUUUUGCAUGAAGUGAAAUGACCUGCUCUACUUAAAGGUUGAUGAACAGAGAUUUUCUGGUGCUGAAAUGGCGCCAAUCUUUGGGCAGAAGGAAACA